AUGAAGGAGAUGUGUGGAAAUUCUAUGCUGGAGAAUCCGCCUCAGAAGCACUAUGGAAUAACAUCUCCAAUUAGUUUGACUCCUCCUAAGGAAAUAGAUUAUAUUAACACUCAGAAAUUAAUUGAAGCCAUGAAGCCAUUUGGAGUAUUUGAAGAUGAAGAAGAACUAAAUCACAGGCUGAUUGUUCUUGGUAAAUUGAAUAAAUUAGUCAAAGAAUGGAUUUCAGAACUCAGUGAGAGUAAGAACCUCCCACCUUCAGUUGUAGCAAGUGUUGGUGGGAAAAUAUUCACGUUUGGUUCCUAUAGACUUGGAGUACACACCAAAGGUGCUGACAUAGAUGCUCUUUGUGUUGCUCCUAGACACGUGGAAAGAUCAGAUUUCUUUCAGUCAUUCUUUGAAAAGCUAAAGGUUCAAGAUGGAAUCAGAAAUUUAAGAGCAAUAGAAGAUGCGUAUGUACCAGUUAUCAAGUUUGAAUUUGAUGGUAUUGAGAUUGAUCUUGUGUUUGCAAGGCUGGCUGUACAGAAUAUUUCUGAUAACUUGGAUCUUCGAGAUGAUUCACGUCUAAGGAGCCUGGAUAUAAGAUGUAUACGAAGCUUAAAUGGUUGCAGAGUUACUGAUGAAAUUCUGCAUUUAGUGCCACACAAGGAGAACUUCAGACUAACACUUAGAGCAAUUAAACUGUGGGCAAAACGACGUGGUAUUUAUUCCAAUGUGCUGGGAUUUCUUGGUGGUGUUUCCUGGGCGAUGCUGGUAGCAAGAACAUGUCAGCUCUAUCCAAAUGCAUUGGCAUCUACUCUAAUUCACAAAUUCUUCCUAAUUUUUUCAAAAUGGGAAUGGCCAAAUCCUGUGUUGCUCAAACAACCUGAAGAUAGCAAUCUAAAUUUGCCAGUCUGGGACCCUAGGGUAAACCCAUCUGACAGAUAUCAUCUAAUGCCCAUAAUCACGCCAGCCUAUCCACAGCAGAAUUCUACAUAUAAUGUGUCUACUUCAACACGAGCAGUAAUGGUAGAGGAGUUCAAGCAAGGUCUUGCUGUCACAGAUGAAAUUCUCCAAGGAAAAUCAGACUGGCCAAAACUCCUUGAACCACCAAACUUUUUUCAAAAGUACAAGCAUUAUAUUGUGUUGACUGCUAGUGCCUCUACCGAGGAACAUCAUUUAGAAUGGGUUGGUCUAGUUGAAUCUAAAAUUCGUGUACUUGUUGGGAACUUGGAAAGGAAUGAAUUUAUAAACCUUGCACACGUUAAUCCUCAGUCUUUCCCUGUCAACAAGGAACAUUGCAAAGAGAGCAACUAUGUAUCAAUGUGGUUCCUUGGAAUAACUUUUAGGAAAAUGGAAAAUGCAGAAAGUGUUAACAUUGACUUAACAUAUGACAUACAGUCAUUCACAGAUACAGUUCAUAGGCAGGCAAAUAACAUCAAUAUGCUAAAAGAAGGCAUGAAGAUUGAAGCAACUCAUGUGAAGAAAAAGCAACUACAUUAUUAUUUGCCUGCUGAAAUCUUGCAGAAAAGAAAGAAGCAAAGCAUACCAGACAUUGGUCGAAACUUUAGUGGACUUCCAUCCAAAAGGGCUUCAGUGGAUGUAAGCUCUUUGGAUGGUUCCACAACCACAGACGCAGGAACACAAUAUAGCUCCCCUUCUUUGUUAACCAGGAUCUCUAAAUUGGACAACAACUCUCUGAUAGAAACAGAAAGGAACACAGCACUUCAGAGAACCAGUGCUGCUACCAAUAGAGAGAAGCCAUUGAAUGUAACUAUGCCAUCAGUGCCUGUUAAAGGACUGUCCAUUCCAGUUAUUGGUUCAAAGACCCAGAUUGCAGGUACAACAAAAGCAGUCCUACCUCCAACUGGAUACACCAUACCUACAGUAGUAGGACGAAAUGUGAUUCCUCGACUUAUUACACCUCCUUCUGCACAGGGACAACAGCUCCUAAAUGGAAUUUCAACUAUAAACUCUAAAAAUGCUGCACCUAAAAGACCUCAUUCACCUUCCUCAGAAGAAUGCACUAAAAGACUUAAAGAUAUAGAAAAAGUAAAAACACACUUCAAUAUGGAAUCAAAGAGAGGAGGAGUUGGAGAGAUGUGUAUAGAUAAACUCCAAAAGACUCUGCAGGAUAGCCGUGGAGGAGGGGAAUCCAUGCCUAUUCCAACUAUUGACACAUCAAGAUCACAGAGACUUGCCAGUAAAGAACUACCAGAUUCAUCUUCUCCUGUUCCAACAAAUAACAUUCGUGUCAUUAAACAUUCGAUCAGAUUGACUCUUAACCGGUAA